AUUCUCUAUUUGUAGGCACAGUUUGGGUUUGUUAAGAUUCAUUUUCUGCAAAGUAACGCAAAGUCCUUUUUUUCAUCACACUUUUUGUGUCCUCACUCUUCAUACUUCAUACAACCACUAACAGAGACAUCGUAAUGGCAACUUGUAUACCCGCCGGCACGCUGUAUUACAAAGUGAAAAACUGCAAGAGACAAAGCUGUAGAAGAACUGCAUGGGUUUCUGAUAUGCCUAUCAAGAGAUACUUACAAAAGGAUGUUUCAUGGUCUAAAGGAGUAUCCAAGGCAAUGCAGAUACACAGAUGUGAGUUUUCUGUACCUCCACUUUGUAAGAAUCGAAAUCUUUUCAAAGUCACUUCAUCGUGCAAAAAAGAAGGUCCAACAAAAUACUUUGACUUUGCCGUCAUUGGGAGUGGAAUUGCUGGCCUUCGAUAUGCGCUCGAAGUUGCAAAAUAUGGAUCUGUUGCAGUGAUAACAAAGGCUGAGCCUCAUGAAUGCAACACAAAUUAUGCUCAAGGUGGUGUAAGUGCUGUGCUAUGCCCUUCAGAUUCUGUGGAGAGUCACAUGAAGGACACCAUUGUUGCUGGUGCUUAUCUUUGCGACGAGGAGAGUGUUCGAGUUGUAUGUACCGAAGGACCCGAGAGAGUCAGAGAACUAAUUGCUAUGGGUGCAUCGUUUGAUCACGGCGAAGAUGGUAACUUGCAUCUAAUGAGGGAGGGGGGUCAUUCACAUAAUAGAAUUGUCCAUGCUGCUGAUAUGACCGGAAAAGAGAUCGAACGAGCUCUAUUGAAGGAAGUUAUCAACAAUCCUAAUAUUUUUGUGUUUCAACACCAUUUUGCUAUAGAUCUUCUCACUUGUCAGGAUGGAUCUGAUAUAACUUGUCUUGGUGUUGACACACUUAAUACUGAAACCCUAGAGGUGGUAAGAUUUAUUUCAAAGGCGACUUUACUAGCGUCAGGGGGAGCCGGACAUAUUUAUCCUAAAACUACAAAUCCAUUGGUAGCCACCGGAGAUGGAAUUGCGAUGGCACACCGAGCUCAAGCUGUGAUUUCCAACAUGGAGUUCGUGCAGUUCCAUCCGACUGCCUUAGCUGAUGAAGGACUUCCUAUUAAACCAACAGAGCCUAGAGAUAAUGCAUUUCUGAUAUCCGAAGCUGUAAGGGGUGAUGGAGGCAUACUUUAUAAUUUAGCCAUGGAAAGGUUCAUGCCUUUGUAUGAUGAGAGAGCAGAGCUUGCUCCUAGGGACGUAGUGGCAAGAAGCAUAGACGACCAACUCAAAAAGCGCGACGAAAAGUACGUGCUCCUUGACAUUAGCCACAAGCCGAAGAACGAAGUUCUCUCCCACUUUCCCAACAUUGCUUCGACGUGUCUUCAAUAUGGUUUAGACAUAACUUGUCAUCCAAUCCCAGUUGUUCCGGCUGCUCAUUACAUGUGUGGAGGUGUUCACUCCGGGCUACAAGGAGAAACGAACGUGAAAGGCUUGCAUGUAGCUGGUGAAGUAGCAUGCACAGGUUUGCAUGGAGCAAACAGACUAGCUAGCAACUCAUUGCUCGAGGGACUUGUUUUCGCGCGAAGAGCUGUCCAGCCAUCAGUCGAUCAAACGAAGAAUUCUACCCUUGACCUGACUACAUUAAAUUUGUGGCCGAGACCUAUCGUGCCAUUUUCGCUUGGAAGUAAUGCCAGAGACAAAAUUUUAUCUGCAACAAAAGAACUAAGGAAAGAACUACAAUCUGUCAUGUGGUACUAUGUAGGAAUUGUGAGAUCAACAAUGAGGUUAGAAACUGCUGAGAGAAAAAUUUGCAAUCUCGAGGCGAAAUGGGAAGAGUACUUGUUUAAGCAUGGAUGGAAACCAACAAUGGUUGUGGCUGAGAUUUGUGAAAUGAGAAACCUGUUUUGUUGUGCUAAGUUGGUAAUUAGCAGUGCGCUUUCGAGGCGUGAGAGCCGCGGUUUACAUUACACUGUUGAUUUUCCUCAUCUUGAGGAAAGUGAGAGAUUUCCAACAAUCAUUUUUCCAAGUUCAUCUGUUAACAGUUCAUGGAGUUCUAGACAAUUACAUAAGCAGCCUAUGUAUCAAUAAGGCAUUAGUUUAUGUCAUUACGUAUAUGAAUAGGGAACUUAAAGUAUGUUUGGAUUCACAAUGAGAUUGGCAGAAUCACAACGAGUUAUCACAUUUUUGUGUGUGCAGAAUCUACGAUUUGGUGCUUUCACCAAAUUACAGUGUUAUUGUGAUUUUGUCAUACUCAUCGCUCAACCAAACAUACUCAACCAAACAUAUAUUGAAAUAUAGAUAAAUAAACUUCGAUAGGGAAGGGAAUACUUAUUGGCUAGAAUCUAGUAUUCAUGAUGUUUUUCCUUUUUCCUUAUAGUUAACCGAUUAUUUUUCACUAUUUGCUGAUUCAUUGUUUAAAUAUAUAUAGCAAGAUAUAAAGGUAACUUGAGUCAA